AUGACACAGACAGCACUCACGACGGCGACACUCACCAUCGACGACAUUCUUGCCGACCUCGCCGUCCUCAGCGGGACAGAAGGCAGCAACAGCGCCUCUGCUCUUGCCUCUGGUUCAGCUGCACAGGCUCAGCAGCAACAUCCCAUCCUCUCCCUCGGUCGGUCCUUCGUGGCCCCCGAAUCCCUCUCCCGCUCUGAGAUCGCCUCGACGACCUCCUCCUCCUCUUCAAAUCUCGGUGGAAGCGACGCAGACCCGCUCGCAUCUUUGCUGGAAGACGAUACGACGAGGUUGAAGACUCUCCUGCGCUCCCUCGAGCAGGGAGGCGCAGAGGGGAAGGAAGACAUUAGUGCCCAGCUGGAGAUCGUGCGCUUGUUCCUCGCUUCCUCCGAUAGCACCUUAGUUUCCCUCAACAAGAGCCAUCAGACCAGGGGUACCGAUGGGCAGGACGGAGGGACAGGCAAUGAGAUUGAGAACUUGCAUACCCGUGUUGCUCGAGUGCAGGCGGAUCUAGAUCAGCUGGAGAGACAGCUUGAAGCGGCGAGGAGUAAGCUGGACUGA